CCAAAUCAUCCUCCAUCUCUACUACUACACCAUCGUCAUCUUUUCGUCUUCGUCUACUGUACUUUCAACCCUCUUCCAUUUUUAAACAGAACUUGUCCUUAUCAUUCCAAACUAGUUACCGUGAAGAUGCGAUCCAAGUUCAAGGACGAGCAUCCCUUCGAGAAGCGCAAGGCCGAGGCCGAGCGCAUCCGACAGAAGUACGCCGACCGCAUCCCGGUCAUUUGCGAGAAGGUCGAGAAGUCGGAUAUCGCGACUAUUGACAAGAAGAAGUACCUGGUGCCCGCCGAUCUCACUGUAGGCCAGUUCGUCUACGUCAUCCGAAAGCGCAUCAAGUUGUCACCCGAGAAGGCCAUCUUCAUCUUCGUUGACGAGGUUCUGCCUCCCACUGCCGCUCUCAUGAGCAGCAUCUACGAGGAACACAAGGACGAAGAUGGGUUCCUUUACAUAACCUACUCGGGCGAGAACACAUUCGGCGAGGCUAUCUAAAGGUCCUCUUCCCCAUGUUUCGAAUAUCUCUACCUCCCCCCCAACGGCGUUAUGGUUUCAUCUGGGCUGGACGACAACGAUGUGUGUGUUUAAUCGCGGCAAUGAAUUAUGGAUA